ACGGCUUUCGGGAGCUCUGCGGGACGAAUUAAUGGGGCAGCAGAUCACUGACAGUAAAACAAGAAGGGAACUGGUUGGUGCAGGUGGUAGAAAUCCAGCACCCGCAGUAGCAGUGGAACAAGCAGAGGCCAGGAAGAGGGUGAAUCAUGCAGCGGUCGUCCUCCCACCCCGAGGGCAGAGCAAACCAUCUUUAUUGUCACCUGCUUCCAGGUCCAGUCAUGGGGCCACAGGACCCCAUCCCCACCACCACCUUCGACAUUUACUGACAAGGCGACAGAGACCUGCCUUCCCUUUGUCACUCUACACCUCACCUCACCUCGUCGUUUGUGGUCUUUUCUCCUGCGUCGUUGCACUGAGUUCUGGCACGAUUCCAGAACAGUGUCAUCCGCAUGGCUGGCGCCUCUCAGCUCCUCUUACCUCUGCCGGUGACAACAUGGUUCCAAUCAGUCUCACUGACUGCUAAUUGUUUGCCAAUGAUUUCUUCUCUGUUGACCAAAUCUUUAUGAAAUGGAAGACUGACUUUGAUCAAAGCUAAGUAACUACUGAUCCAGAGAUGGAUUUUGUAGGUG